CCCAGCUUAUCAUCGUUCAUCACUUUACUGAACAUUGGCUGUACACUGGUUUAGGGUUUUGCUUGCAGGCUGCAGCACAAAUCUGAUUAAUAAAUAGCAUUCAAUCCUUUCUUCUCCUAACGCUGCAUUUCGAUCUAUAUUUGAGUUCAAGGUUUGAAAUGAAAGAGGAGACCGACGUUCUUUUCAUUCAUUUUUGGGAAUGGUGUGCUUGGUAUUUGGUUUUAGCUUCAAUGAUGCAAGUUUUAAGAGGAAAAAAGCUAAGAAUUUGAGGUGCUCUUGCAGCUUCCUUCUCUGUGUUUUUGAUGGUUUAUGUAGUUUAUUUACCUAUUUCUGAUAUUUUUGGUUUUGUUAUUCAUUUUGCAGGAUCAGGACUUUUCUUUGUAAUUCACUUGAUUAAUAUAAAGAAUGGUUUGUAGAUUUUCAACUAAGUUGUUAAAUAUAUGCAUAGCUUCUCUUUGUAAAGUUGGGCAAUUGGAGAAAGCAGAAGCAGUUGUAAUUGAUGGUAUAAGGUUAGGAUUGCUACCAGAUGUGGUGACUUAUAAUACAUUGCUUUCUGCAUAUAGUCGGUUUGUUGGCAUUGAUGCCGCUUAUUCUGUUAUUCAUAGAAUGAAAGAAGCUGGAAUAAGUCCGGACGUGAUUACUUAUAAUUCUUUGAUAGCUGCUGCCACCAAGCGUUGCCUACUAUCACGAUCCCUGGAUCUGUUUGAAGAAAUGCUUCGAACGGGUAUCCGGCCAGAUGUGUGGAGUUACAAUUCUUUGAUGCAUUGUUUCUUUAAAUUAGGAAAACCAGAUGAAGCCAAUAGAGUUUUUCAAGACAUUAUCUUGACCAACCUUUUACCUUCUUCAAGCACAUUUAACAUCAUGAUUAAUGGCCUAUGCAACAAUGGCUACACUGGUUAUGCCCUUAGUUUAUACAGAUAUUUACAGCGUCAGGGAUUUGUUCCUGAAUUAGUAACAUAUAACAUUCUUAUUAAUGGGCUUUGCAAGUCUCGUAAGUUGAAUGCAGCAAGAAGGAUACUCAGGGAGCUUGGGGAAUCAGGGAAUGUGCCAGAUGCCAUUACCUACACUACAGUUAUGAAAUGCUGCUUUAGAUCUAGGCAGUUUGAACAAGGGUUUGAGAUCUUCUCAGAGAUGAAGAGUAAAGGGUAUGCUUUUGAUGCCUUUUCAUACUGUGCAGUCAUUGCAGCAUUAACUAAGACGGGUAGGUUAGAAGAGGCAAAUGACAUCAUGGAGCAGAUGGCAAGGAGUGACAUUGAUCUUGAUAUAGUGUCAUACAACACUGUUAUGAACCUGUAUUGUAGGAAUGGUAAGUUGGAAGCCACUUAUAAAUUACUGGAUGAGAUAGAGGAACAUGGGUUGGAAUGUGAUGAGUAUACACACACAAUUCUGAUUGACGGGUUGUGCAAGGCAGGUAAUGUCGAAGGGGCUCUGCGUCAUCUGAAGAAUAUGACCAAAAUGGGCUUUGAUUCAACCUUGGUUGCUCAGAACUGUGUGAUUGAUGGAUUGUGUAAAGUUGGUCAGCUUGAUCACGCAAUCAAGAUGUUUGCAUCAAUGGAGGUAAAGGAUUCUUUUACCUACUCCUCCAUGGUGCAUAAUCUUUGCAAGGCAAGAAGAUACCGCCAUGCAUCCAGGCUCCUACUCGCUUGUUUAAGAGGUGGCAUGAAAAUACUAAGGGCUAACCAACGAUCUGUUAUUGAUGGUCUGUGUUAUUCAGGAUAUACAAGCGAAGCGAGGAGGCUCAAGUCAAAAAUCCGAUUGGCUAGGAUAUUACAUUAUUGAUACGCUUUUUGUGCUUUCACUAGGUGCUGGAAGCGGAAAUAGCUAAAUGUUGAAAUCAACUCAUCUUUUAUGGGCAUUCUUUGGAUUCAGUCUUGUUGAACACUUGUAAGUUUCACAAUUGUUGUAAACAUCGGUUGUUAUGUGCUAAUAUCCCUCUUUGUACAAUGAUAAAAAUUUAGAAAUCUUGGAUAUGGGUUAGUGGAAAGGAACUGCUACUUUAUAUUGAUGGGUGAUUUAAAUAAUUGAGUGCCCUGGUGCAUAUUCUUGGAAGACUCUGCACAUAUUGGACAAACUUUUGGGCAUAUUUAUGGAAAAUUCAACGGAUUUGAUAAGCUUUUAUGGAGGUCACUUGGUUGAUAUUCUUGAAACCAGCUCAGAUGUCAUCUUGGGGUUCCUCUCUGCUUCUCAGAUGGAAAUUUUCUAAAUAAGAACAUAUCUUCAUUAUUAACUGAAAACCCAGAGGCUUGGAAGAAAGAUUCAAGAUACAUCAUCAAGGAUCUCACAGAAUCCAAACAUCCACUUCUAGGCAGCAAGAAUCCAUAAAUAGAGCUAAGGAUUAUUUGACCAUGAAUUUUUGAAAAUACGCUCCCUUCUGGAUGGACUAAACGAAGAUGGAUCAUGGAGCAUGCUGAUAUCAGUUGUCUGUUCGCCAUAGGUUUAGGUUUGCCGCAGAAGGAGAAUAAGCAUUGCAGAUUAUUAUACAGUUGGAGGUUUAUGAGCAGUAGUGAGUUCCUCUCAGAAUUAAAGCUUUGCAUGUAUUGAACCCAGGGAAGGUGACUGUUUAUUUUAGAAAGCUGAAAUAUUAACAGAAGAAAGUGAGCUUUUGCUCAUCAACUAAUUUUUCCAGCAACCAAACAGACGCAUAUUUGGAACAUGUCUCUGUGAGUUGUUGAAGUAAUCUUUGCAUGUAUUGAAUCUAGGGAAGAUGACUGUUUAUUGUAGAGAAAAACGAAGGUGAGCUUUUGCUCAUCAACAAAUUUUCCCAGCAGCCAAACAGAAUGUGGCUGCUUAUAUCUGAUAGACUUGGAACAUGUAUGGAUUUUCAGCUUAUUCUCUUAUUCAACUCCUUUUUGGGAGCAAUUUUCCAUAAA